AUGAAACUGCUUCUGGUUUGUGCUCUCCUGGGGGUAGCUGGUGAGUCUCUUCCUGGGGCGUAAUCUGUAUUUGACUAUUAAAUCCGUAUGUCCACCUUGUUAUUCUUUAUCUAAUAAUAGGGUGGUGAUAAAAUAUUGGGUCCAGGAAUCUCACCACUAAGUUAAACUAAUUUGGUGUUUUAGUAAAUUUGAUUCUUCUGCAUUUGUUGUAUAGUUUGUGUAUUCUUUUUUACUGUUUAUUGUAAAUGUCAUUGGUAUACCUACGUGUAUAUAUGAAACAGCAACAAUUUAUAUGGCACUAUGUUAAAUAUUAAUUCAGGAGCAAAUACCUGGUCAACCGCUGAUUCACUUACCAUACUCAAAUAUAAACAAUUGUAUCUUUUGAUACAAAAUAAACAUAUAUAGCAAAAGAUAGGCUUCUUUAUUUUAAUCAUGAUUAUUAUAAAAAGUGUAUUAGCAAAGUGUAACAUGAUCCUGUAUGCUUAAUUGAAUGAUGCGCAAACAUUUGUGCAAAAUCCCAAAAUAUAUAUUUUUAAAUAGUACCAGGGACCAGCUAAUAGAGUGGCACUUUUCACAGUUUUUUUUACUUAAUGUUUUUUUCUGCCACAGCUGCCUUUGAUAAUGAUGAUGAUAAGAUUGUCGGAGGUUACACCUGCACCAAGAACUCCGUCCCAUACAUUGUAUCACUGAACAUCGGUUACCAUUUUUGCGGAGGUUCCCUGAUUACCAGCCAGUGGGUGCUCUCUGCUGCUCAUUGCUACAAGCCGUAAGUGAAAAGAAAGAAAAACGUUAAACAUAAAUCAGUCCUGGUUAAUAUUUCACAGUAAAUUAUAUAUUAAAUAUAGGACAAUGUUCUCAAUUAAAUAUAUUUGGAUAAACAUUUAAAAUGAUUUCAUGGUUUACAGAAUCUAUUUUAAUAUUAAUAUGUAGUUUUUUUUAAUAAAUUGAUAUAUCUUUUUUAUAUGAUAUAUUUUUCAUAUUUUAAUAUGUUGGGGAUAAAAACAUUCAAAAAUGUGAUAAAAAAAUGAAUGAAUAAUUUGAAAGGCUUAUUCAAUAAUAUUUAAACAAGAUCAAUGUCUGCAUGAAAAAUUAAGGUAAUAGGUCUUCAAUUGGUGUCAUAGAAAUUAUAUUAACAAACCUAGUCAUGUGUAUCUGAUUGCAUUACUUUUCACUCUUGCAGACACUUUGAUGUUAGACUGGGUGAGCACAACAUCGCUGUGAGCGAAGGCACUGAGCAGUUCAUUAGCUCAGUCAAGGUCAUCACACACAGCAACUACAAUCGAUUUACCUUUGACAGUGACAUAAUGCUGAUCAAGCUUGCCUCACCUGCCACCUUGAAUUCCUAUGUGAAUACUGUGUCUCUGCCCUCUAGCUGUGCUGACGCUGGUACCAGCUGUCUAAUUGCUGGAUGGGGAAACACACUGAGUGAUGGAGGUAAGCCAAAGGUCUUAGUCAAGUUUUUACUUAGAUCCUUAUUCUAUUUGAAUGAAUAGGUUUCUUUAUAUUGAAAACCGUGUAACAUCGAGACAUUGAUAUAUGAAUGUACUCUAUAUGGAGUAAAUAGAUCCUUAAUUGUAUGAAGUUUUCCAAUUGAAUACGGUAAUUUUUUUGAAAAGUCUAAUGUAUUUUUUUUUUAAGUUACUUUAGUGUUUAUGUGAUCCAUUCCACCUCCCAAAUACUAAAUGUGCAACACUAAGCAAAUAAAUCAAAUAAUUCUUACCCCUUUAAUAGAAAUGGGGAAACCAAAUACUCAUAUACAUGUAAAGAGAAAAAUAGAAAAUAAAAUCCAAUAGUGCAAUAUUGUAACACUAUAAGUAAGUGGAACAUGUAUGGGAAAAUAUGCUCACAUGUAUAAAUAUACAUAAAUAAUGUAUUUUACCUUAUCUGAAUAGUUCAAAUUGUUCUAUAAUGUGAUCUCAUGCAGAAAUGAUCAAAUAAAAACCUGGCUCAACUAACUAAUAUUUUCAUUUUAUUAAGUAAAUUACCCAGAUCUCCUGCAGUGUCUGACUGCCCCGGUCCUGCCUUCCUCCCAGUGCAGUAAAGCCUAUCCAUGGAGAUUCAGCAGUAACAUGUUCUGUGCUGGAUUCAUUGAAGGUGGCAAGGAUUCCUGCCAGGUAAUGUAUCUUACCAUUCCUGAUCUAGCAGCUCCCACAUCCCAUAGUUGUGAUUUCAUCUGAUAUGAACCCAACAUUCAAAUCUAGUAUUUUGCUAAUAUUUUUAGUUAUGUUAUUGAAGUUACCCAUAGGAAUCAUGUAAAUAUCUCAAAUAGUGGCAUUUUUUUUAAAAAAAGCUUAUGAAUCAGUUAACUCUUAAAAAACAGACAUUUUCUAUGAUUUUUUUUUUUUACAGAUAGAAACCAUUUUCUAUUAAAAUCGUUUAGGUAUUCCAGUUUAAAAGAUUUGUGAUAAGCCGACACAUUGAUUUCAUUAUUUUAUAUUUUUAGAAUUUCAAGACAAUUAUCACUCUUUGAUAUUUUAUUUUUUAUAUAAUGGAUUGAUCUUAGUUGGUAUAAACUGAUUUUUUUUAAAUUCUCUAUCCUUUCAGGGUGACUCUGGUGGUCCUGUAGUAUGUGAUGGACAGCUCCAUGGUGUGGUAUCUUUUGGAAAGGGAUGUGCUCAGAGAGACUACCCUGGUGUCUACACAAAAGUCUGCAACUACAUUAGCUGGAUCGAGAACACAAUAACAUCAUACUGA